CGAGAAACGCACACGAAAAUUGAAAGUCCAUUCACUCUCAUUCGACUCCCUGCAUCACCACUCACCACCAAAAUGGCCGACACUCCCGUUACUCUGCGGACUCGCAAGUUCAUUCGCAACCCUCUGCUCGGUCGUAAGCAGAUGGUCGUGGAUGUCCUCCACCCCAACCGCCCCAACGUCUCCAAGGAUGAGCUCCGCGAGAAGCUGGCCGACCUGUACAAGUCCAACAAGGACCAGGUCUCCGUGUUCGGGUUCCGCACACAGUACGGUGGUGGCAAGUCCACUGGCUUCGCUCUGGUCUACGACUCCGCCGAGGCCCUGAAGAAGUUCGAGCCCCACUACCGUCUGGUUCGCAUCGGCUUCGCCGACAAGAUCGAGAAGCCUUCCCGCCAGCAGCGCAAGCAACGCAAGAACCGCUCCAAGAAGUUCCGCGGUACUGCCAAGACCAAGGGCCCCAAGAAGUCCAAGGACUAAGCGUCUCGCCCUCCUUGACUCGAUGGAUUCAUUGUUUGGUGGCCUGGUGGUUCUGGGAAUCUCCUGUUUCACAUUUUCUAUUUUUUGAAAUGUAAGCAGUCGUGGUCGAUGGUGGAUGACACGGAGGCAUUAAGAUACGAAAAAAAGAACUUUUUUAUUGUGAUCUGUGGACUAUCUCCCGACUCCCAGAAGAAUUGUCGUGGUGGUUUUGCC